ACCCCAACCGACACAGUCGCGUGUUGGGGCAGAAAGCGAAACCUCGUUUGUCAUCGAUCACGUGGUUCUCGUGGUUCCACGCUUAGUCCGGAUUCCCGAAUCGCGCCUCGGUUUCAGACGUAGCACCACGAGCUGGAAGUGCUCGUUUCAGAGUGACGCCGCUUCCGCUAGAACAACAAUAACAACGAUUGCUGCGUAGAGCGCGUGCAGCUUACCCGCGUGCUCGAGCUCGAGGCCAAAACAACCUCGUCUCAGUUUCAUAGGAGAGAAAGCAGUUGGCACCAAAAGACUAGACACUGCUUUUACAAAAUCCAGCAUGGACCCACGAGUCUCUUCUCUGACAGCCUUUCGUCGACCUUUUCGUACACUCCGUGCUACUGCUGGGGACACAGUCGACCUGGCCUGUCACCUCUCACCUGAAAUCAGUGCAGGGGCCAGAGAGAUCAGGUGGUUUAAGGGGACAGACUGUGUUAAAGUGUCCCCGAUUACUGUGGAACGUGGCUGUGAAGGCAGAGUGACCACUGUGGCAUUUGAUGAUGUCUCUUUGACACUGGAUGAUGUAAAAGUCACCGAUUCUGGACAGUACAGGUGUGAAAUGCUGGGAGAGAAGAAAGAGGAAAUCUUCAUUGUUCAUUUGCAUGUGUCAGAGUUUAGACUGGUCUCCAGAUCCGCAGAUGUUGGAGAGCCAUCUUGCAUUGCGGGUUACAUUAUAUACUGUAAGAGCUUUUCAGAUUUUGGACCUCAUGUGUUUUGUGGUCAUGAUGCCACCCUGCCCUGUUACCUCUCUCCUGAAACCAGUGCUGUUGCCAUGGAGAUCAGGUGGUUUAAAGGAACAGACUGCAUUUACCUGUACCGGAAUGGUCAGGUGACAGAGGGGAGGGGCUACGAGGGCAGAGUGAGUGUGUUCACCCACCAGCUGCAGAGAGGAAACGUCUCUCUGAAUCUGAGAGAUGUUCAGAGGUCAGAUUAUGGAGAGUACAGGUGUGAGGUCACUCAUGGAGGACAAACGGUGCAAAAUGAUGGAGUUCAUUUGAAAGCGUUUAAAUUGUCCUCCCAUCCAGAGCGAAGUUUCUCAAAAUCUAUUCCUCAGAUUCGUACUGUCCAUGCUUGGGCUGGUGAUGAUGUCACUCUGCCCAGCUUACUCUCUCCUGAAACCAGUGCUGUUUCCAUGGAGAUCAGGUGGUUUAAAGGGACAGACUGCAUUUACCUGUACCAGAAUGGUCAGGUGACAGAGGGGAGGGGCUAUGAGCGCAGAGUGAGUGUGUUCACUGACGAGCUGGAGUAUGGAAACGUAUCUGUGAAGCUGAAAGAUGUCCAAGACUCAGAUGGAGGAGAAUACAGGUGUGAGGUCACUUGUGGAAAAGACAAGUUGGAAAACAACAUUCACCUGCAUAUAUCAGAGUUAAAGCUGGUCUACAGAUCUGAAGAUGUUGGAAAACCCUUUGAAUCCCUCUUGAUUCGUCUUGAGAAUAAAUUGACUGUUCUUCCACUUUACGAGACCCUGACCCUUCUCUGUCAUGGUGUCACUCUGCCCUGUUACCUUUCUCCUGAAACCAGUGCUGUUGCCAUGGAGAUCAGGUGGUUUAAAGGGACAGACUGCAUUUACCUGUACCAGAAUGGUCAGGUGACAGAGGGGAGGGGCUACGAGGGCAGAGUGAGUGUGUCCACCCACAAACUGCAGAGAGGAAACGUGUCUCUGAGUCUGAGAGAUGUUCAGUGGUCAGAUGAUGGAGAGUACAGAUGUGAGGUCACUCACGGAGAAAAAAUGGUGGAUGCUUCAUUUUACAUUGGUGUUUUUGAGUUUCAUGCGGGACGUGUUCCUGCUGAAACACCAAAGGAACGAAGAAGACGUGCGAGUGAGUCGAGUGACCUUCAGCCCAAAGAACCAGAAAAAACAGGAAGAAGGUGGAGUUAUGAAAUGCUUCCUCCAGAGUUGUGAGGGGAGGAACAACAACAGGAGAAUCCACCAAAGGAGAGAGAGAGAAGAAUGGAUGAGUGGAGGAGAGAGAGAAGAAGAGAUGAGUGGAGGAGAGAGAGAAGAAGAGAUUAAGAAUAUAUAUCAGCAGCACUUUAUUUUACAGUGCGUUACGACCCCAUGUUUUGUCUGGGCACUGUGGGAUCAGUAAUGUGUCAUUAAAAUACUGAGCUGGUGAUGAUGGAUUAACAGCUUGAGGAACAGACCAAUUAAACUUUUAAAGCCAUUUUAUUAAAACUAACCAAAAUAAAAUGUGUUUGCUAGGAUACUUAGUGCCACACUGGAAGAGCCAAACUGUGGACGGCACCAAAGAAAAGAACAAAACAAAACCUAACCACGCUCGCCUGCUCUGAAACAAAAAGUAUUUAACUAACCUAAAAAAGGAAACUAAAGCUAACUAACUUCCCUGGCUGGUAGUCAAAAGUACACGUGUACACUCUGACCUAGAGGACUAGACAGAGUAGAGAGAGUAGACUUCUACGUGGUGAGAAUGAAUAGGCACACCCCUCUUAUCUGUUUGAAACCCCAGGUGGUACAACCAUACGGUGGCUGAGAAGACCCAACAAACUGCAAAUAAAAAACGAGCUGCAAACUCAGAAAACACUUCCAUCAAAAUGACGACACAGCGCUACAUUUCAUAAACGCGCUGCAAAUACAGAAACACAAGCAAAUACAGAAACACAUGCAGCUUCAGAAACGCUGAUAAGCCAAUCACAACACAGCAGAGGUGUUUCUGGGGGACACUCAGAGGGCGGAGCCAUUCAGACUUUUAAAUUCUGUGCAGUAAAAACACACCAGUAAAAGUUGACUUUUAUUUGAGUCGAUUACUGACAUCACUGUAUUGUAGUGGGAAUUAGCUAUAGAGAGUCACUGCAAACCUUUAACUAGUAACACCAGAUUAACUACCACAGUACAGCUGUGACACGUCAGACAGCAAACUAGCCAGCCAGGUUAACCAUGAACUGGGGACGUGAGUGUCCGAGUGUCUGUGGUCUGAUCUGCUUCUGUCAGUGAUUUUCCGUCAUAGAUAUUCCAUCCACUUUGAGCCCUUUGAGUCUUCCAGAGACAUUUCCAUUGUGUUUUGACUCACUUCCACUGUGUUGUGACUGGCUUUGCAGCAUUUCUGAUGUUGCAUGUGUUUCUGUAUUUGCAGCGUGUUUAGGAAAUGUAGCAUCGGUGUCGUCAUUUUGUUGAAAGCGCUUUCCGAGUUUGCAGUGUCUAAAAAUUUGCAGCGCGUUUGUAAAAUGCAGCGCCCAUGUUGCCAUUUUGAUGAGUGUUUUCUGCGUUUUGCAGCUCGUUUUUAUUCACAGUUUGGCCACCGUACAAACAAUCUCUUGUAAAACAAAGAUAAAAGUGUGCAGGUAAAAUACCAAACUAAAGCUCUUCCCCAAUACAGGAGACAAACUCACACGCUAAGUUAAAAGAAUUGCUGGUAAAAACCUAAAACACACACACACACUCCCAACACAAGAGAUUAAAACUCAAACUUAAACACAGCACACACGAUCAGUCCCCUCUCUCUCUAUUUAGCCAUCUUGAAGGCUUCUUUUAAGUCUUUUAAGGCUCCUCCCCCCAUCUACACCAGCCAGACCUCUGAUUGGUUAGAGGUCCCCAUAUGACUGACUGCAGGGCAGGUACACCUCUUUGAAGGGAGAGACCAAGAAAGAGACGCACGUAACAAGUGUGAUCAAUGUCUGGUGUUUAACAGCUAAAUUUGUAGUCAUUACAAGUAACAUACGAUUCAUGCUUUACAUGUUGGAUAUUAAAAUAAACACUACAAUGAGGAAACUUCUGUAACAGGCAUAUAUAGGGGGCGCCCUGGGGUGUCUGGGACCCCCUAAUUAAUCUCUUGGACCCUCUGAAUGUCUCAAAAUCAAUUUUCUUAGGGGUCCCUGAAAAUAAGCUUAUUAUGACCUUAGGCUGUCCUUUAGGGAAAAAUACAUGCUCAAAUACAGAUUCAGGAAAGGGUCACUAUUUAUCCUCCUUUACAGUCGGCGUCUGUCUUUAAUAUUCUUAACUAACUAGAACUGCAGCACCGCUCUGCCUCAGGGUGGCGCUGUAGCAAAUUAGUUCACCCUGUUGGUUUUUCAUAGCCUAGAAACUGUCAUGAUGUAAAUUCUUGGCGUGGUCAAUCGUCUAAGCGUUGGCCCUGUCAUCAGGAGAUCGCAAGUUCAAUCCCUGGUGAUGCUACAGUUGUCCACAGCUGGGAGUCCAAGAGAGCACAAUUGGCCUCGCUCUCUCUGGGUGGGUGGGAUGGCCCCCUUUCUCCCCCCGUCACCCAAUGCGAUGCUAGUCAGCGCAGGCGUCUGUUAGCUGACGUAACUGGCGCUUUCCUCUGAGCGCGUUCGGCUGUCCAGUGACGUUGCGUGAACACCAGUUUGAAAAGGUGCAAUGGAGCUUCACAGGUCUCGGAGGAAGCCUGUGUUAGCCUUCACCCUCCUAGCGCUGAUAGUAUCGUGUGACUGGGGGAGUCCUAACUAGCGGGUGGAAUUGGAAACGACUAAAUUGGGGAGAAAAUUGGGUAAAAAUCCAAAAUAAAUAAAUAAACUUGAUAAAAUUAUUACAGUACAAAGUCCUCCACUACAGAGAACAGCUGGUCAUCCAAACCAGUGAAGUUUCUAGUUAUUCUUUGCACUUUGGUUGUCAUUUGUGAUUUUUUUGUUUUUUUUUAGUUUUUAGUUUUUUCAAUUUCAUAAAUUGAGUGCACAGAUGGCGUCGACAUGCUCACAGGUACUUUUCUGCUUUUGUUACUCUGCUGUAUUCUGUGUAUCGAGCGGGAUGUCGUGUUUUCGUGUGGUUUCAAACCUGCAGUUGAGAAUUUCUUGGACGUAUAUGUUUAUCUGUUUGCUCUUCUCUUUAAUUUUAUUGGUUACCAUCUUUAAGGUCACAUUAAAGAUAAAGAACUGACACGAUUUAUCUGACGUUACAUCAUAACAACCUGAAAUUACAAUGAAGGUGUGUAGACUCUUUAUAUGGACUGUAACAGCUUCGGCGCAGUGUUGUGUGUUAGUGGCGCUCCCCACCUCAAUUUUGUUUACUUCUCUCAUUUGAAGUCUACUGCAGGUUUUCAUGCCAUAGUUGGGCGUUUUUGUGUAAGUUUGUAUGUUUAUGCAGAUAUGCUGACAUGCUGAGAUAACUGUUCUAAUUAUUUUCUUCAUAACUCAUCCUUAUUAUGCUUGUAUAAUGCUGAUAUGUGAUUUUUCUAUUAAAUUUAUACCCCUGUA